CUUUGUAACGUUACGUGAAUAUUUGUAAAAUCAGCUACAGAAUAGCUCGUGAUGCCUAAAGUAUUGAUGUUAUAUAUUGAGUGAUUUAGAUGUACCAAUACAAGAAGUGGGUUUUUGUUUUUGUAUUUAUCAUAAAGCAUUAAGACGAAUGUUCGGACGUUUAGAAAUCAACGUGAAAUUUCAUUUAUCUGGGAAAUGUUUGUGCACAAAACAAUUUUAUUUGCAUUGUGUACCAAGUUUGCACGAUUUGUCGGGACAAAGUUUAUGCUCAUCAUAGGACGGGAUAUUUGCGGACGGUCUGAGGCAGAAAUAUCCAAUAGAAUCGCACUGAUAUUCACGUGGAUGUCGACCUUGAAGACACGAAUUAUUUGACACACAAUGGGUAUUUAAGACGUGUGUAGUGCAGAAAAUCUACAGAUCCUGCGAUACUUUCCUUGAAGACAUUACUUUUGAUAUUAAAAAUACUUUGAUAAUCAAUUAUAUAUUUUUAAUUUUUAAAGUCCUUAUGUGAAUUAUGAAACUUGAAACUUAAAAUGCAGACGAUAUUGUAAUCACGCCAUGAUAAAUAAUCGGAAUUAAAGAAAUAAUUUCCAGGAACAUAUUUCAAGGGGUGUUUAAAUUGAUGCUAUAUCAGAAGAUGAAGCUGUCUGCAUGGAUUAGCUCGAGACCUUCCGGCAAAGACGGGAGUGUUUAAUUCAAAAGAAAGUUGUGAUACUCUGUUUUUGGAUAUCUAUAUUCAUCAAAAGUGUUUUAUUAUUAUAAUUAUUUAUGGAUAUAAUAUAAUUAUAACGUGAAGUACUAUUCAAAGAUGAUGUUUUCACUGUAGUACAUAUACAAUAUAUGAGUUACUAUACAGUACAAGAAUAUAGGGAACAAUUUUACAUGGGAUAUUAUGUUAUCCAAUAUCUGUUCGGGUCGACAGACGAUCGUUAUGAACCAUAUAACACAUAGAUUAUUUAUUAUCGUAGAAACAAAUACUGCAAUUACUGGAUAUUGACCUGCUGGAUUUAAUCCAACACUAUAAAGACUAUGGCCUCGGAAUGGUAUAGCCCACUAACCGCCUUCUGUUUAGUUACCGUGCUGCUGGGGUCGAGUUUAGGAGAGAAGUUCUACCAAUACCGGGACCAUCGGGACCAAGCCAUGUACGAGAAACGGAAAAGUUCAUUAUCAGUCCAUAAUAAAAUUGAGGCAGAGCAACAGUUAGAAAAAUAUGGCUACCUACAUUGUCAAAUACGAGAAAGACAAAGAAGAUCAUUGUUUCCGGACUUCUUCUCAGAAGGUGGUGCGGGCACAAGGAACGGAGCAAAUCCCUCCGAGGGAGGAAAUCUCCCUCCAUGUACAUCUAGAAAAAUUAGAAAAGCUAUAAGACUUUACCAGAAAAAAUAUGAUUUACCCGAAACGGGUGUUUUAGACCGAAGAACAAAGAAACUUAUGUCCACAUCUAGAUGCGGUAAUUCUGAUGAAGAUGAACCCGUAGUGAGUGUUGUGUCCGACGAUGUAGAAAGAACUAACAAUGGUGAUAAACUUGGUCAAUUCCUUAGACAGAGUAGUGAAACAAAUAGUCUUAAAAAUGCAUUAGGCGAUACUUUUAAAAGUCGGCCUUGGAAAAGGUCAGCUACAAAUACAAAACUUUUAAACGUCAUAUCGGGAGGUUCUCGGAGAUCUUCUUCUAGUCUUGAACGUCGUAAAAGAUAUUUACAUGAUUAUAUAGAUAAAUUAAAAAAUGACAAUUCUUUGGUUAAAAAUCAAAAUGAAAAUAAACUAGUAAACAUUAAAAAAAGAUCUGUUAAUAUAAUGGAAAAUAUAGUUAAUAAUACAAUGGCUAAUAAAGCAAGUCCUUUAGACGGUCAAAAAUUUGAAAAACAAGUGAUAAAGUGGCGACUGCUACAGACUGGUUAUAGUACACGGAUACCUGUGGAGGACCAACGUGCAACCAUCGAUCUUGCUUUUAGAAUGUGGAGUGAAGUUAUUCCUUUAGAAUUUGUUGAAGAAACAUCUGGAGAUAUCGCAAGUGUGGACAUCGAAGUCGCAUUUGGAACCGGUGCACAUCAGAAUUGUAAGAGGGACUUCGACGGUCACGGCGGGGAGAUUGCUCAUUCCUUCUCCACCGGCAACAUGCAUUUUGAUGACGAUGAAUUCUUUAAAACCAUGCAAUCGUUCUCUUCUGAUGGAAUAUACCUUUUGAGAGUAGCUGUGCACGAGAUAGGACACGUGCUCGGGUUAAUGCAUACAAACAAGAAGUAUUCCAUUAUGUACGCCAUUUACGAGAAGGAAAACUCCGGUCCUGAGUUUGAACUGGGCUGGGAGGAUAGGAAGGCGGUUCAAAGAGUUUAUGGUGUUUGUAAGGGGCGGUUCAAUACUGUCUUUGACUGGAUCCGUAAAAAUGACAAGGGCACUUCGUUCAUCUUUAACACGUACUUCUUUCGUGGCAACCACUACUGGAUGUAUGAGAACCAUGCCAACAGGACACGUUAUGGGGACCCCCUCUACAUAACGACAGAAUGGGCUGGCAUACCCGACGACCCUGAUGGAUACGCCCAAGUUUUUUACAUCUCCGGAACUGAAGUUAUUGAUGAUGCCUUUUUCUUUAAAGAUGAUGAUGUUUACAAGUAUGAUAACGAGAACGAUAAGCUAUAUGAAGGCUGGCCGAAAAAGAUACGUGACGUGUUUAAAGGCAAGAAUGGCGAUGCUGCCGUCCCAGAUAAUAUCGACUCCGUUUUCUUCGAUUUGAGAGAUAAAAAUCUAUACUUCUUUAAAAAUGAUAUGGUUUACGUAUUUGACCCAAAAGUACCGGAAGAGUCUAGCGGCUGCUGUUUACGGACAAAUAAAAUACAAGACGAAUUUCCCGCCUCCGAGGGAAGCCUCCCUUUACCAGAUAACAUUGAUGCGGUUUAUUAUUCGCACGUCGAUGAGUCACAAUUUUUCAUUAAAGAUGAAGACGUAUGGGAAAAUAUUGUUUUCCACCCGCGACAAAAACAUACCACUAACAGUGUGAAAUAUAUUGGUAAAUGGUUUGAAAAAUGGUUUGAUAUUUGCGAUGUCACGACACAUUCAACGCAUUUAUUUGAAUUUCAAAAGGGUACUUGACAUGAAUAAAAAAGAAAAUAAGUAAUAACCAUUAACGUGAUAAUUAAAGUCAAGAUGAUUAAAAUGAGAAACCCGUGUAUCGCCUUUUUGAAGACCACGUGACAAAAACGUUUAAAUCGGUAUAUUCUGUAAAUAUCAGUGUACAAAGCGAAGCUGUAGUUUAAAAAUAAAAAAAACAGAUAUUCAUAUUUUGAUUUUAAAGAUAUUGAAAAGCAUAUCCAUUGUUGUUGUGCGGUUGUUAUGUAUAUCUAGCGGUUAAUGUCGUUUCUCAAACUGCUUUCCCAUAUUGUGGGCAUGCGCGUGCGGGUCAUGUGAUAAAUGUCCUUGGCGGGAAAACGACUCUGAACGUCAGAAGUGUCGAGCAUAGGUAAGAUGGACACCUUUGUUCCAAAUGGAAGGAGCUGUGUUCUGUCAAAACAUUAUGAUUCCACAAGUGACAGAAACAUAUACUUAUUCAUUGCGAUGAGAUGAUGUGAAAGGAUAUAUAGUAAAACACGAAAAGUGAUUCGAAGUGGUGUAAAUCUUGAACUUAUCAUAUAUCAGAUACAACUAACCAAAGAAUAAGUUACAGUAUUUAGUUAAACGAGGGAAAGCGUUGAUCAAUAUUUUGUGUGUGAAGUUCUUCUGUAAAGAACUAAAAGAAACAAAAAAAUUGACUUGCACAAAUAGCGGAAGCGAACUUUUUAAAUGACGAACGAAAUGUAAUAGACUUUUAGUAGAUUUGUUGAUCGGACUUUGAUGAAAGUCAGUGUGAAGUAACUGGGAAGGAGAGUUGAUAAGUAAAUGCCAGUAUCUAUAUCAUAUUAUUCAAUGUAAAUAGUUCUUUUACUCGUAUCCUCUGCUAAUGCCAAGAUACUUCAUCAUUUGUAAAUGCCACAGUGCUUCUUAUAUGAUUAAUUGUGACAUAAUAUAUUCAUUAUUUUAUUUGUUCAUUGUUUUUGAUAGUUCAUUUUUUUGAAGUAAUAAUUUACAACAUACAUGUUAAAUUUGUAUGGCUUUUUUGAUAUGAUAGCCAAUGGGGAGGCAGGUUUGAGUUAUUAAUGGAUUGCCAUUGAUUUAUAAGUGAGAAAAUUCAAUGCACUAACGAUUAAAGUGUAAAAAUUAAAAAGAGAAUAUAGGCACAUAUAAUGGUAGCAUUUUUUGAGACAUGCGUGCACACUUAUGAUGUAAUAAUAAUGUAUUAUCUAUGACGUCAUCGUUUUUGUGCGUUGCAAAGUGAUUUAAACAUUCCUAGAAAAUAAAGUUAAGACGAGAUUUUAAAAGUCAAUAGAAAAAAUGACCACGAUUUAUCAGAUGUCUUUAUAGUAGACAUUUUUGUUACUGAGAAAAAUUGAAACAAAGAUAUUCAUUUUGUUUUAGAGAACGACAGUUAUAGAAGAAUAGAAGUUUUGUCGUUAUACACAUUCCUAGUUUUUGAACAUAAAUAGAUCUAUAAUGAUUAGGAUAAAAAAACUCACCUUUCAAUUUUAUCAAAAUUUUAACUAGUCAGAUAUAUGUCGUUGUUCAAACGCAGUCCUGAAAACCGGAAGUCGGAAAACCGAAAGUCAGAAAACCGGAAGUCUUAAAACACUAUAAAUUUCAUGCAUGAUAAAACUUAAUUUGAUAUUUCCAUGUUGUAUGCAUAUUAUCAAACUUAAGUAUAUUUUUUUCAGAAUAAUUUUUAAGAAAUUAAAGUGUAUGGUUAGCAUGAUGUUUAUAGACUUGUGGGGUAUGUGUAAUAUUUUAUCUAUUCUGCUAAAUAUUGUAACCAAAAUGAUAAAUUCUGCAUUAACACGAGAGCUCUAUUUACUGUAAUUAUUACUUAUUAUGUCCUGUAGGUUGAGCAGAGGUAGCCUUUAAAAGGAAGGUGCGUCAGCUAUUAACCUGAAAUGUAAGAUUUUUAAUCAUAUAUACACAAGACCGAUUUUUGUCAAUACAAAUAAGUUAAAAUAAGUUUGUUUAUCUAAUUCUAUUUUUAGAAUAGAAAUACUUAUUUUCGAUAAAUACCGACUAACUUUUAUCAAAUAUGAAUCAAUGAAAAUAAAACGUAAUCAAGUCUUAUAAAAAGUUUCAAACAUUACAAAACACAACGGAAGGAAGGAAACUUAAAUCAUUGGCAGCUACUACUAAAAAUGGCAAUUUAUUUUUAACUGUUACGAUCUAAAAACGAACAACAACCACCACCACCACAACAACAACGUUCAUAAAAAGUCCGUAGCUUCCCGCAUGUCAUGAAACUUCGUUUUACAUGCUUACUUAAGCAUUUCCAUAACUUCUUGCAUAUGCUUAGAUUUUGAAGAAUAACCCAUUAUAAACAUUUUCGGGUUAGACUGAUAAAAUCAAUGCCCUAAGCAUAUUUAUUGUAUGUAUAUAUGAGCCGCGUCAUGACAAAACCAACAUAGUUCGUUUACGACCAGCAUGGAUCCAGACCAGCCUGCGCAUCCGCGCAGUCUGAUCAGGAUACAUGCUGUUCGCUUGCAAACCCUGUAACAAGUAGAGAAUCUGGUAGCGAACAGUAUGGAUCCUGAUGUAAACUGCGCGGAUGCGCAGGCUGGUCUGGCGAAAACCCAUUACGUUGGUUUUGUCAUGACGCGGCUCAUUUAUUAUGUAUGUGGAUUAAUCCAAGAAGAUUUACAACUACUUGUCACUAUAGUUAUGGUGAACCAUUUAAAGAUACUAAAUUUACAUGUAAUGUAUAUUAGGCGGCACGGUAAGAAUAUUUUAAUGAUAGAAUAUAUGGCAAAAUUAUAUUUAUCUUUAUCAAGUCUUAUCAGUAUAUACAUACAAAUCAACGCGCAACUGGUGAAAUAAUGCAAAAUCAUAUGUGAUUUUCUUUGUUAUAUGAUAUUUAUAUAUUAUAUUGUUUAUAAAAGCACAUAUAAUAAUCGUGUGAUUUAAAUUUAAAUUAGGAUAUACCGUUUUAAUACUAUAUUUUCUUGUUAAUUUCAUUUUUUUUGUGAUUUGCGUUACAUUUUAUAUAAAGUAUACGAUUGUUGGAGACAAAGCAGUAUUUAUUGUAAAUUAAUGUUAAUGUUCAUAUGCAUUUCGCCAUUUUUAAGUUAUUUUAAUGUCGUGUUUAUGUGUGUCAUGUAUAAAAAAUAUUCCAUUUAUAUUGUUGUGCAUUAAUUUUAUAUUGUCAACUAGAGCGGUCGCUGUUCAUGACCUUUUAACCUUUACAAUUUCAUUUAUCAAUUCCACAUUUAUACUGGACUUAUAACUGGUAGGUAUGUCUAGGAUUUUGCAUUUGAAAAUCAAUUAUUUGGAAGAUAUGUCAGUACGUCCGUUCAGAUUAAACUAAAGUUAAUUUAAGUAUGUAAUAAAUAUCUAAUACCCCACCUAUAGUAACAAGUCACGUGACAGAAAUAUAGAUGGUACCCUUUUCGUAGAUGGCUCCCUUUUUCUGACUGCGCGUCAGAUAGUAAUAAAUGAUGGCAUUUUAAGAAAUAUUAUAAUCGUCAUUAAAAUCGACAGGUUAUUAAUUAAUUCACCAUGUGAUGGAUAAAGAUUUACAUACUAGUGUAUUCUGAACAAAAAAAACAACAGUUUUGUAAAUGAUGUUACAAAUUUUCUAUAAAUACAAUAUUUUAUGCCGACACAACGUAUAGUUAUUUAAAAGAAAUUAUUAUGAUAAAAUUUGCAUGGAAAAUUAACUAAAUCUUAAAACAUUUACAAUCUCUGGAAUCAUUUCGUAUAAUUCAUUCCUUGAAAAUGAUAAUAAAGUUGUUGCCUUGGCUGUUGAAUGUGCAAUACCGUGAAUGAAUUAGGCUUGUAAAUUAUGUAGGUAAAUUUACCCCCAACUUUGUGUAAUGGAUUUGCCCUUUUUUUACUUUGGAGCAGUCCAUUCAAAGAUUUAGGGACUUCCAUAUCAAAAUACACGAAAACUGACCUUGGUCAUACAGCACAGAUGUGCAGACUGGCCCGGUUUUAGGUCAGUCACAUUCGUCCCAGCAAAUUAGUGGUUAACAAACUAACGAAUUAAAUUUUCUCACUCAAUCUUUGUGAAUAUAGUUAAGUUCAAAGUUAUGUGAAUGCACAAUUUAUUUACAAAAGACAUAGACAUUUCUUUUGUUCCCCUACUUUAUUUGAAUGGAAUUUUAAAAUUAUAAUGAAGUACCCAUAGGAAAUAAUGCUUUAAUGUUUUUUUGUUUCGAAAGUAACACUUACCCAUCAUAUAUUUAAAUGUUCUAUCACUUUUUCUCCUUUUUCGUCAUUUUGCCAAUUUUCAUUAUUUAUUUUCAUGCUUCGUUACUCGCUUGUUCACAAUACGUCAUUUUGAAAUAAAUGUCCUAAAUAUA